AUGAAUUCCUACCCGCCAGAGUUGCUAACGCAACUCGCUCCUAUAAUGUUUGUCGCUGGUCUCGACACGCCGCAGGUCGUGCAAAGCCCAACGACUCCAACUACCCCGCGACUUCAGCAGCAGGAUUCGUUCACUCUUCUCACCAGUCGGCUCAAAGAAGCUUUCCUUGCCCAACGCAAGGUGGCCAUAUGGCAGCCUGACAAGCACAAGACGUUUCAGAUAAUUUCCGUCGACGCCUCAGUCCGCUUCCCUCCGCGAAAGCUGGUACCCCCGGACGACCCCCAAUAUUCUUCCCUGCAUUCUCCACUUUCCCCUCUUACACCAUCGUCGCCAUUGCAUCCAGAUGGUCUCAUCGCCCCGAUAUGGAUAAGAAAACACACAACGCUCGUACCUUCCGUGUUUGUCCUCUUCAUGCGGAUUUAUGAGUACCCACCACACACUCCCCGGUCUCCUCUUGACCCGCCGGACCCUGACAGGGAUCGGGAUAGAGAGUCUGAAGAACGAAGACGCGACUCGGAGCUGGCAGCAGAGAUUGCGUUGAGAAAGAAAAGUACGAAUGAGCGCAACAUCAAACUGACCGUUGUUCUCAUGGCCAGUAGACGGCUCUUAGACGAUCCUACACUAGACGGAAGAUUGACGUUUAUUCGACGACAAAGCGGGCUGGAUUCUCGAGCUGCCCUAUUUGUGCUCAGUCCAGUUAGUCAAGCGGAGUUGGGCGAAUUUGUAAAGAGUCUGCAGCAAGCCCUCUAUGAGCCUGCUCUUGAAUACUACAUCGCGCACUCAAAGCGUGUGAGACGGAAGCGGAAUCGACAUUCACAGACAGCUUCCUCUUAUCCAACACCACAUACGCCAAUAGGAACGGCAGGACUCGGUCGACCUUUGCGACCGGAGGGUUGGACUGUGCGCUACGAAUACAAGAUGGCAUGUUUUGCAGAGUUUAGAGGCGAAGACGAUAUUGCUCUCAAGCAUUACCAGGAUGCUUAUGCUAUGUUGGUCAUCAUGUUCGGAUCGUCUAUGAUGCUCCCUCCAAGGACAAAACGGUGGGCUGAGGCGAAGGUGAUUGCAGACUGCAUCAACAUCAAAGUCGUGAAACUAUACUUGUACAAUAAUGAGCAUGCGCUGGCGCUGUCACACCAUAACACGCACAUCCGUAAAUUCGGAGACUUUUCUCGUGGCUGGGGUAUCGGCGAAGAGACCUUCGAGUUCUGGGGCUGGGUAGCCCGACAGCAUCGCGUGCUUGCAGAGCUUUUGGAACACGGGACGCAGUCUAAAUUAGUUAUUCCAACCCAUCGAUCGACAUUAUUGGCGCAAAAGCCACCAGUCGCCCCACCAGCUAGCGCUUUGGAAGCAGAAACUAUGCGAACAAUGGGUAUCAAUCCCAGCCAUGCUCUUCAGCACCCAGGUUACUACUAUUACAUGGCCGCCAAAUGCACUGAAGCAAGGCGCGAGCGAUAUCUGGUAGCACUAGACGCUGAGGCAACCCAGGAGCAACCGUCAACCGGCUUUGCCAACGAGAAGAAAGUUGAUCAUUUGACGAUCAUCCUUGAACUCUAUACCAAAGCUUACGAGUUGUUUAAGAAGUAUUCGUCACCCAAAGUCGAAAGCUUGUCGCAAAGUCGGCUUACUCUUUGGAUUGCAUAUCGCAUUGGGCAAACAUACUACGAGUCUGGCAAGUUCGACAUGGCUGUUCGUUUCUUUGAACGGAUAGCCAAGAACUAUCGGCGCGAACGGUGGGGCUCUUUACUUAGGCCCCUCCUUGCGACAUGGUAUGCGUGUGCGCGCCAAAUGGGUGACGUCGAGCUGAGCAUUCGUUUACUAAUCGAAAUGCUGGGUUAUGGCGUGGAAUCUUCAGAUGAACCGACCGCGUUGGAGGAGGAUUUGUUGGCGGUGUUGAAGAGCUCGGUCCCUUCCUCACCCAAUCCGGAGCCAAUGGUUGUAGAACUUUCCGAAUCGCAACCGAUAUUCUCGUCUAGUGUGGUUUUCUGGUCUCCCGAAGUCAAAGUGAAGGGUGUGGCGGCAUUCCAAAUAUGUUUAGCCGCUCCAGCAGAGACAAGUAUUGCGUCUUUACCGAUAGCCAGUGUCGAAAUCCACCUCUCGAAUGGUUUGCCUGCUGUUGUGGUGCAACACGAAACGACAUCGGAGGCCAUGCCCCUCGUCCAACGAGUUGACCUCGGAAUGAUUUCAAAUGGCGCGGUCAACCCUCUCAAUGCGAACCUACGAUGGGCUGCUGGCUCGAUCUUUGUUUUCACCGGAAUGCUAUCUUCGGAGGUCCCAACUUCUUUCAAGAUUACGCAGCUUGUGUUGACACUGACAGAAGGUCCUUGGACUAUUCGAAUUCCAUUCGAUGCCGUAGGCCAGAAUCCUUCUACGCGAUGGUUGAGCUCCAUUGACCCUCCUUGCUUCAUCCCCAUCAACAGGGAAGACUGCACUUCCGUGUCUGUUCGCCAUCGUUCCCAUGACAUCUCCCUCUCACUGUCUCAUAAGGCACCUGCAUAUCUGGACGAAAACUAUCCUAUCCUUGUGCAGGUGACCAACUCGGAUGAUCGCGAAUUGGAGGUUACUGGAGAUGUUUUGCUGCAACCCACUGACAUCGAAGGCGCCGAAAACUGGAUCGCUCUAGAUGAUGAACGCUCGUCGAGCCUCAUCAAGGGAAUCAGCUUCGGUGUCCUCCAGCCUGGUGUCAGUGCAGUCAAGACGUUAUACCUAAUCAGUACUGGAGGCGCAGGGGAUCGUAUGCUCGAUAUAUCGAUACAGUCUGUUGCGGUUGCCGCUACCCCAACAGAGAAUCCCGACAUGACAGAAACACUACAGACUCUUGUUAUUCCCACUUCCGAAGCGAUCAAGGCCGAUUUUAAUGUCGUGUACAAACGGACGCGUGGGAAGUCUGCUGGCCCAGGAGACUUGAGGACGUAUGACCACGAUUUCUGGGAUGAUGCGAGUGGCGGAGAGGCGACUGUGACGGCACGCUUGAGUUGUCCUGGUCCGUGGGGCCUCAAAGUCGUUAGCAUGACACUCGUCCGACAAGACAAUGAUCACGCUAGAGUCGUUGACUCUGCUCUGGACUUCGAUAACGACAUUGCCUCAGAAUAUUUGUCUGGCGACGAGUUCUCAGAUGCCUGCCGCAUCAGUCUCAACAUUGAUGACGAUGAUCUGAACCUUGAGGAACAAGCGAUUGUUGGUCCUGGAAGAUAUGAGAUCACUUGGAAAAGGAUACUGGACGCGCAGAGGCAAGGUCCUUUAACAACAAGCGUCUUCCCACUACCACCGCUACGGCCGCCAAUGGAUGGCCUGAUUGCAAUACUCGAUGUGCCUGCAACUGCACAACUGCACGUUCCGAUUACCCUAACCAUCACCGUUCGAAAUGGCCAGCCUACCCGCUCAGCAAACGUGACCGUUCAGCUCGAUCCGGAUGCAGAAGACAGCUUUGUAAUCGCUGGACUCCGCAGUGGUCGAAUUCCAAUCUUGCUGCCAGGCGACGAGGAAACCAUUCAGUGGCGGCUAAUCCCAAUCGAAUGCGGAUAUGUCAAAGUUCCGCGCCUGAAGAUUAUGGACAAGCGGCGUGCAAUACCCACCGCACAACGAGAGUCAAACGCGAGUUCCGAGAUGGAAACCGAGGGCGAUGUGGUUAGGAUUGUUGACGCCAGACUAAAUCGGGCAAGUGAGAGGAAGAUCGUUUUGAAUGGGCGGGUCAGCGUGGAGACGACUGAGCCCGAUACCAGCCAGUACAUAGGUUCUGUGUUGGUCCUUCCCUGA